AUGGAUAAUAAAGCAAUUAAAAGUAAAUAUUUUAUAGUAGAUUACACGAUAAAGGCACCAAGGAAACCGUUUAUUUAGCCUUUAAAACAUUUUAAAUUAAUGAAUGAUAGAGCUUACUAAAAUAAAAUUAAAUAAGAAGAGCUAGAUUAUAUUGAAUCUCUUCAGGAUUAUUAUAAUAAUUUAGAAGAAUUUUAUUUGGCGCAACUCUAAAAAUACAUUUUAAACAAAGAAAAGUACAAAGUGCUAAACAGUAUUAAAGAGUUUGAUUUUAGUUAAAUUAUAGAAAACAACUGUUUUUGGUUACAAACGAAUAGUAACAAAGAAGGAUAGAAUUAUAUAAUGUAGUUUAAGCAUAUAAAUUGUUAUGGUAAGCAAAAGCAGAUUAAGCUUAAUAAUAUAAGAUUCUAAGAGAAUAAAGUUAGAGGAUCUUCUUUGAGUUUGAGAAUAGUUAAAUUUAAUUCUAAAGAGUAAAAGGAAUAAUUUAGUCUUUUUCACUUCUUUUCCUAAAAGAGCUAACAAAAAUUCCAACUAGCAAAAGCAAUCAAAAUAUAAAAAAAUAUCCAAAAUCAAAAAUUUAUUACUCCUGAGUAGAGUUGUUCUUCAUUUGAAAAUGAAGAUAUCACAUAAGAAGAUGAUAUACAAAGUGAGGAAAGGCAAAUGACUCCUUAGUUCUUUAAUUAACACUAAAUUUAAGACGAUGACAUAGAAUUUUAUGAUUCAACAACAACAAUUUUUGACUCAUCAAACAAAAAAAGACACAAUCCAUCAAGCAAAAGAGAUCUUUAAAAAAAUUAAAAAUAGAAUAUCAAUUAGGUUGAAUAAAGAUAAGGGAAGAAUUUAAUUGAAGAUAAGAACAAUAUAUAAUUAAAUAAUAAUAAAGAAGUAAUAAUGAUUCUAGAUGACAAUGAUUAAGAUAAAUUAACUGAAAUAGAGCAAUAGAAUAAAAGUUAUUUUCAGCUUUAAUAUAAUUCAAAAGCAGAUAAGAACUAAACACAUUAAAAUAGUGAACAAAAAAUUAGCUUAAAAAAAUAAAAUAUUAAUCAUGAAGAUAAUUAAAAUGGUUUUUAAAAAUGUUUCGAAAAAUAAUAAAUUUUAAGACUUAAUUAUGUAAAACGAUAAGACAAAUAAAGCAAAGAUCAAUAAAUAAAGCUCAUUGAACAAUAAUAAUAAUAAUAAUAAUAAUAAUAAAAUAUGAAUAAAAUAUAAUAAAAUUGCAAAAGCAAUACAAUUAGUUAUAGUAUAUAUCAUAAAAAUGAACCUGCUUUUAUAAUCAUUAAUGAUUGA